CUUCUUCUCCUUUGUCAAGAUCUGGGCUUCGUAGCCAUAGCUGUGCUAGGGCUUGGCAAAUUUGCACGCAGAACCACCCCACCACUGCAAAUUCAUAUUUUGUCCUAACUUGCAACUCUCUCUCUCUCUCUCUCCGCCUCGCGGACUGGAGCAGUAGUAGUGGUGCUACGGACUAGUGUCGUCAAAGGUCUAUCUCUCGUCGUGUGCCUCUAAAACAAGAAUUCCCUCUCUUGUCCUACCUACGUACCAGAAGGAUAAGGGAAAAACAAACAGCAGCAGCAGCAGUUUGUGGGAAGAAAAUAAGGUAAUCAAUGGCCAGAAAUCACUUGGUCAGAAAAUGUUUGUGCUAAUCCCAAAUUCCUCUGCUGCCCUUUUUCUCUUCCUCUCCGUCAUCUUUGCCAUCACUAAGAACAAAUUAGACAGAGAAGAAGAUAGAAAAUUCUGUGGACUAUAUAGAGCCCCCUAAUCAGAAAGUUAAUUUUGUUUUCUACCUUGUGUCGUGUCAUCAUCGAUCAUGUGCCCUUGAUCUAAUUUCCAGAGGAGACCAGAUUAGGCCAAAAACAAACAAACCCACCUAUACCCAACAGAGAAGGGCAGUGGAGGUAAUUUUGAGAGAGAGAGAGAGAGAGAGAGAGAGAGAGAGAGAUGCAAGAGUUCAGUCUGAAGAGGGGUGGGGGCAGCAGCCAAGUGGAUGAGAGCUGCGAGAGUAGCGAGGAAGAAGAGCAGAACAAGGAUGACGAGGAUGGAAGCGGCGGCGGCGAGGGGCAGCAGCAGCAGCUGCAGGGCAGCUCGAGCAGCAACAGCACGGUGGAAGAGAUGAGCGAUGGGGAGGGGAAGCAGCAGCUUCUGAAGCCGUCGGUGAGGCCUUACGUCAGAUCCAAGAUGCCCAGGCUGCGAUGGACCCCGGACCUCCACCACUGUUUCGUUAAAGCCAUCGACAGGCUCGGCGGCCAAGACAGAGCUACUCCCAAGCUGGUUCUCCAACUCAUGAACGUUAAUGGGCUUAGCAUCGCUCAUGUCAAGAGCCACCUCCAGAUGUAUAGAAGCAAGAAGACGGACGACCCAAAUCAUCAUCAAGCUAUGGGUGGUGAGCACAGCCACAGCCACAGCCACUUUCUGGAGAGUAGUGAUCACAACAAUAUCUAUAACCUCAGCCAACUCCCAAUGCUUCAAGGAUAUAAUAACCACCACCGCCGCCAUGCCGCCUCCUCCUCCGGCUUCAGGUAUGGGGCAGAUGGAUCCUGGGGGGCUCGUGACCACUCCAUUUAUGGAUCUCAUGAGAUUAUGGGUCGGCGCUUACUACAAGAAACCAGGUCAAGGCUGUGUGGACCAAUUGCUGACCGGAUAUUUGCCCAAGCAGCAGCCGGAGCCAGAGCUAGAGCCACCACCAACAACAACAGCAACUUGUGGAAUGAUAUUACCCAUGCAACUGCUGCCACUACUAUCAUCAAUUCCAGAGAUAGCGGCCACGGCCCAGAAUUAAUGGGACGGCAAGAAGAACAAGGGCAGCGGAAGAAGUCGGCGAAAAGGAAGGCCGAUGAGGAGGUUGAUCUGGAGCUGUCGCUGAAGCUGAGGGAACCAAACAAGGCCAAGGCGCCGGAGGAAGAGAGGCAGCCGGAAGUAGACAUUGGAAGUGAGUUAUCUCUGUCUUUAUGCUCGCCAUCAUCCAGGCUUGUUAGUGACAGUGGCAGUGGCAGGGAUAAUGGAGUCAACGACGACAAGCUAUCCAAAAGGACAAGUACUCUGGAUCUGACUAUAUGAAUUCUUCGAAACAUACUUGUGUUUCGUGUAUAAUUCUAAGUGAGAUCCUGAGGUACUUUUCCUCAUCAUACAAUCAAUCGAUCAAGUUGCUUACAUUUCUUCCAUACUUCAAUUCUUCAUUUUCAUACUAAUUAACCAGCUAUUAUACCUA